GGUAAUAAACACUUCUUGAACAAACUUUCACCAUUUUUUUGAAUUUCCAACAAAAUUUGAAAUUUCUCAGCGCUUCAUCACUCCAACUAUUUCUCUCUCCUCCACAACCAACGAACUGAGCCCUAGACCUUCGAGAUUCUUCAUCUAAAAUUCAUGGAGUUUCAGUGAAUAAACCCUAAAAUGGCGACGAAGGAGGAGAAGCUCUUUGUGCAGAUCUUCGAUCGAAAGAGGGAGAUAAUCGACAAAUUGAAGCACCUUAGGCAACUUCGCACACAGCACCUUCUUUCCAAGGUCCUAAUUGAAGACAUUUCUCCUCCUCCUUGGCUCCUCAAUUCCAAUUCUCAAACUUCAACCUCGGAUCUCACUGCGUUAAAUAGGGAAGAGCUGAUUUCAGGACUAUUGCUUCCAAGACCUGGACCUUUUGCCUCUUAUCCUAGUGGUCCUUGCCUUUUAUAUGAUAAGCCGGUUCUAAGCGCGGCUAAUAGUGGCAUACCAGAUGAAACUUGUGCUGGAAACUGUGCCUCUAGCAAUGGUUUUGAUGAAGACGGGCCUGGUGUUGCUCCUGUGAGUCGGUUUGAUGACACUGAAGAUACGGCUGGUAUUAUUCCUUCGUGUCAGGUUGAUGGCACUGAAGACGCAGCUGACAUUGCUCCUUUGCCUCAUGUUGAUGACAGUGUGGACACAUUUAAUUAUGUCCCUAUGUCUCCUCCCGAAGAUCAGACUGAUAAAUCUAAUGCUUAUAAACCUGAACAGUCGCUAGUAAAAAUACAGAGAUCCAGAUCCCGUCAAAAGGCACUGGAGCUUCGGAAUAGUGCAAAAACAAGUGCGAAAAGCCGUUUAGGGAUGGAGAACAGCAAUAUAUGUAGAAACGAUGAACAACUUGGUUUGAGAAGAUCUCUUGAAUUAGCUGAGCCUUCUGCAUUACCUACUGAAAUUUGCUCCAACGAAAAAGUAGCAAUUGGGAAUUGCUUAAACAAGGAGUUGAGUGCCGACGGGUAUGCUGGCUUUUUGGCACAAUCUACAGGAUUUGCUCCCGAAAUUUGCUCCAAGGAGGAAGUGGCAACCGGGUAUCAUUCAGACAAGAAGAAAUUUUUUGAUACUUCCGGAGGUUCUUUUACACAUUCAACAGUUCAUGAGGGAAAUGAAGUAGAAUUGGCAGACAAUCAGAUGAUUGAAGAAUGCAGCAAUAUUUAUGGUGGUAGGUUUACUAGAUCUGGAUCUUCCGUUGAGGGAGCUCACUCUCUUAAUAAAAGGACCAUGGAUGUUUGUGUUGCUCCAAUGACAAGAUCUAAAAGUUUUCAAGGAGCUCACCCUCUUAAUAAAAAGAAUGUGGAUGUUUGUGUUGGUCCAAUAAUGAGAUCCGAAAGUGUCGAGGGAGCUCACCCUCUUAAUAAAAAGAGCAUGGAUGUUUGUGUUAGUCGAAUAGUGAGAUCCAAAAGUGGCUUGACACAGCAGGUGGAAUCAUCCAUUGGGAAUAGCAUCAAGGCUCACAGUGGUAUCUUUAUGAGAUCCAAAAGUCGAGCUGAAGAAGCAGAAAGGUUUCAGAGAAGCAUGUCUAAGAAAGUGUCUGUAAAACCCAAGCAACUUGAUUUUGAUGAAGUUGAAGAAAGAAAAUUUUUGGGCAACCUUCCCGAUCAUUUGCCAGGACCUAUUAGUCUGGAUACAUUAGAAGAGAGAACCAGAGCUCACACAAUCAACACGCCUAGCUCUCUUCCUGGCGCAGUCUCUAUUGGAGCAUAUCCUCAGUCAUUAGCAUACAAAACCCUUGAGGUUCCAGGUAGUGAAAUAGCUCAUGCUUUGUCUAAAAGUGACAAAAUAUCCGGACAGACUUUGAUCUUGCAAGAUUGUGUGGGUGGUUUGCAAUCUUCUUUGGAUGCUGAGGCUACAGAAGUUGCUCAAUUGAGUCCUGACCAAACUCCAGUUGGAUUAUUGGUACCAGUGACUGAUUUUGCUCCUACAGUUACUAGAGAUGAAGCCAAAGCUGAUUCUGCUCAGUCAGCCAAGAUAGUGAAAUUGGGGAGCCUUUCUACAAGUGCUGCUGUACGAGCUUCCUCCUCAAGCCAUGGGAAGCAGGCUGGUGAUUCUGAACUAUGUGAGCUUAGAGCUGAAGUAAACAUGCUCCAAGCCUUCAAUUAUAGCAAUGCCUUAGAUGGUUCUUGGCCAUGUUAUAAGCGGAGGAAAAUUGAUUAUCAGAACCCCAACAAAUCUUGCAGCCCAACUUUGAGGGUAAAUUCCUUUAGGGCUAUCAGUGAAAACAUUCCAGAUAGAUGUGAUUGGGGUGAGAAGGAAAACAUUCAUCCCGUAUCCCAGAAAUCUAUUAAUUCUCAUAAUUCAGGUGCUGCUUUAUCAGAGUGUACUAUUCUUGCCAAAGAGACUGGUCAGAGUGUCUCUUCUUCAACGAGUAAGGAGCAUUCGUUGACUCAUCAGGUGGAGUGUGGAAAGGAUAAAGUUAGCCUAGGGAGAAUUUCUAUAGCCUCCACAUGUAAACACCUAAAACUAUCGGAAUCUGAUGUUUCAAAUGUGAAUCGAAGUAUAACUGCAGAGCCGUCAGAUUUAUUGCCCAAGGAUGAAAAAGUGAAAGCAAAUGCAUUCAGUGCUGCAUCUUGCAGUGAAAUGGUGUCUGGUGGCUUGGUGUACGGUCAAGAUCUGGUGAAUGGUGAUGCUGCAGUGGAGUUGGUGGAUACUAAAAUGAUUGUGGAUCAAAGAAAAUCUCAUCAGAGUGUGCAUGACUUUAAACUAUCUAUUGGUUCUCCCCUCAUGGAAUUUAUGAAUGUAGCUGAAGCCGAUCAGACUAUUCCGGAGCUUGAGCGCUUUGUUAUAGGUGACAACACAGUUGAUGAACAAAGUUCUGGAAAGGAAAUUUUCCACGAAGAAGCUCCCUUUCUUUAUAAAAAAGUGGACAGGACCAGCUUGCCUGAGGUAUUUUGUAAUUCUGCAACUUUGAGCACCCCCGUAUCCCCCUUUCCUUCUGGCUGUAAAUCGUACUUACCACCAGGUAUAUACUCCUCAGUACCUAACGGGCUGCUGGAGAACAUUGACAUACAAUGUAACUUGCUGCACAGUGGAAGUGCUUUAUUUGGGAAGUCUCAUUCCGAUAUAUUUUCUUUUCCUAAUCGCCAAUAUGUGUGGGAUAUAAAGAAACCUUUUCUGUCACCGGUUGGGAGGGGCUAUGAAGGCGCCACAUCAAAAUCUGGUGGUUCAGAUAAGCUUGGUAGCAGUAAUCUAGAGCUCACUUGCUUCCCCAUUCUGGAGGAUCCUGAAAGUGGUGAGGAAGAUGUGAAUGAUGCUGUUAACUCCAGUAUGAAGAAGUCUUCAUCAACUAUGAAUAAUAGUGCUGAUAGAGAACCAUAUUUUGAUAUUACUGCAGAGUAUGCUAGCUCUCUGGUUCCAAAUCAUGCAGAUGAGAGAGGUAGUUUAGAAUCUGUGAGCGUAGAGGAUACGAGGACUGUGUCAAGUACUAGAAGUGGUGGCAACAAGGAAUCACUUUGUGAUAAAGUUAUGCAGAAUGAAACUACUCUGGCUCCAGAUUAUGUAGACGAGAGAUGCAGUCUAGGAUCGGUAUGCACAGAAAUCAGAACUCGUGAGAUGCGUAAUGAAAGCAAGAAGAGUAGCAUGAGUCAGAGGAAAUACAGGCAGACCAGGUUGGAGAAGGAGAACAAGGGCUUUUCAGUUGGUACUUACAGCAGUAAAAAGCACUCAAAACCACUCAGUAACAGGUUCAGCAAACAAAUAUCAUCAGAAAAUUCAAGUUUAAGAACUAGAGGGCAAAGUUUUUCAGAAAAGGGACAAAAAUGCAAAAAUAUUGUGUCCAACAUAAAAUCCUUUGUCCCACUUGUUCAACAAAAACAAGCAGCUGCAGUUCUACCUGAAAAGAGAGAUGUAAAAGUCAAGGCCCUCCAAGCUGCAGAAGCUGCCAAACGCGCUGCUGAAAUAAGAGAAAAUGAACGCAAGCAGAAAAAAGAAGCGAUGAAGCUUGAACGAGCAAGAGCGGAGCAAGAAAAUAUGAAGGAAAUGGAGCUUAAAAGAAAAUUAAAAGAGGAACAUAAAAAGAAAAGAGAGGCUGAAACCGCAGCUAAGAAACGACAGAGAGAAGAAGAAGAAAAGAACUUAAAGGAAAGGAAAAAACAGCGUGUUGAAGAGGCAAGGUUGCAGCACAAGCAAGCAGAGGAGAACCUUAAAGCUUGGAAAGAGGAAUCGAGAUGUGCAGCAGAGGAAGAAAGAGCUAAUCUGAGAAAGGACUUAAAUGAGAAAAUAGAAAAGAAACUUGAGAAAGGAUAUGAAAGAGAAGAUUCAGAGAACCCAAUGAAUUAUACGGUCGUGGUUGGAAGUGAUAGAAGAGAAGCUGAUGAUGGACGUUCAACCUUAAUUGAUCACAAGAUGCCAACGGUAUCUUCCGCCACUGGAAAGGUUGGUAACGUGGAAGUUGCUGAAAGUUCAACGCCUAAUAUUGUAAAAAAUGAUAAGCCAGAUCAUCGAACUAGCGCACCACAGUCAUAUGAUAUAUCACCAUACCAAUGCUCAGAUGAUGAAGAGGAAGCAAUGGAUGAAAUACCAAACAAGAAGUUUGUCCCUACAUGGGCCAGUAAAAGCUGUGUGGCAUUGGCUUUAUCAUCUUUGCAACAUGUAGAUCCAAAUGUGAUAUUUCCUCCUGGAAGCUUUUGCAGCUUGGAGAAAGUUCUUUUGCCCAGAAGAAUACUACAAAAGUAAAAUAAAAGAAGUCCAUAUGCGUAUAUGAGAACUAAGUUGGCAGAGGAUAUGCUUUUGGUUUGCGAGCAGCAGAUCUUCGAAGGGCAACGAACAACUGAUAUCUCAACUUGGGCAGCUGGAAGAAGACUUCUUGCUCACAUAAAUGCAUUGAGAAACUCUGUGUUUAUACUUAUAACUGUAUAUAUGCCUGACUUUAGAGACACUGAUAGUUUUUUGGUGACCCUAAGUAGCUUAGUAUGAUUAAACCCAAGUUAGGAGCUAUUGCCAGAUUCCGCUGGCAUAUGUAAUAUUGUAGAUUUGAAGAGUUGAAGGAGCUUUUGAAGUUUGGAGGAAGCCAUUCACUCUACUCUAGCAACCAAUGUCAGAUAUUGAUCAAUGUCUUGGGCGUUUUCAAGCUUUCACAGGUCAGUUUCUCCUUGAAGUUCUUCUUCCUGGAUAAGAAUAGAGAAUAGUGGCAUUCAUCCAAGAUUGAUUGGAUAGAUUUGAUAAACAAGUUCAUGUAGAAAUGAAUCUGCCCUUAGGUCAUUUAUUGUAAAUCGAGGUAUUUGUCUCGAAGCAGCUUAAAACUACAGUGAAUGUUAUGGAUCGAGAUUAGUAACCUGUAAAUGUCGAUUUAACGUUGGUUAAAUUUACUAAUCUUGUUUUUGCCCUUUGCAUUUCUGUAGGAUUAGUAAAAAGCAAGGAAUAUUUGUGGAUUUUAGGUUUUCACAUUGUAACGGCUAGUAAGCUACAUGAGUUGUGGUAUGAAUGGAAUGUAUUUUAUUCUGGUACUAUAGAUUUAUUAUACGAAAAUGAUGAAAAAUGGUGGGUCACUUGACUCUUGA